GGUUUAUGUUUCCGUUCAACGUGAAAUGUUCACCUCACUGAAUACACCCUUGCAGGUGGACUUUGACCUUGGCGUUUCCAAGCAGGAAGUCAAGGAUAAUAUUUGUCUUUUUUUUUUUUGUACCUGCCGAUUGUGUCAGAUGCUUGUCUUGGAAUAUGUAUGUCACUGUUGUAUUAUAAGAGGCUUGCUCAUGGAACAGUGAACUCAAGAGGACACAGGCUACAUUCACAGAUUGGUGACGUCACGAUUCAAAAAAAAGAAAUAAAAAAUGUUCAGGAAUAAUAGCGUGCCGUUUCCCUCUCAACCAAGAGGGUUCCCUCAGGAGGAUCCUCCCUCUCAGAGGUCCAGUAUAACCAGACCCAAUGCCAAGUCCAUAUACAUGCAAAGGAAGGAGUAUUCUGAAACGAUGAACAACCAACCAGACAACUUUCAGUACAGGGUGGAGCACCUGUUUACGUGCGAGUUGGACGGUCAGGAGGUGCGCAACUUGAAUGACUGUGUGACCAGGCUGCAGAGGCUGGAGGCUAAGGGCCGUGUCUGGGGGCAGGAGGUGAUCCUGGAGGUCCAGGGAGGAUACCUUCAGCUCAAUGACAUCGAGACCAAGGCAGAGCUGGAGUACGUGCCUCUGGGAAGUGUAGUUCAGACCAAGGCUGUGUUGGACACUUGUGCCUACAACUCCCUGCUCACUGUUAUGGUCCAGGAACGCAACAGACGCAUCCCUCAAGUCUUUAUGUUCCAGUGUGAGGAGGUUGGGGCAGAGCAUAUCAGAGAAGACCUGGACAAGGCUGUCCAACACAACGCUAAUGCUCCUCCUCCUGAACCUCGCAGAGAACCAAGCAGACACAAGAGUAAUCUGGAGAACAUCAUCGGUCAACAUGGGAAUGGCUUCUGGCCCAUUGGUCCUGCUCCUCCCAUGAUGCUGCAGGAGAGGACCCCUCCUCCCCCUGACCGCACUGCCCCGGUGUACAACAACAGAAACGAGAGCUUCCCUCCCCCUCCAGUCUACAACCCACUACAGGAGCCCCUGCACAGUCCGGAGGUAUACGGAGGGUCACAGCAGUACGGAGCUAGAGACCAAGAGCCUCGCCAACCCCAGCCUCAAUACACUGACACAGAGAGGAAUGUGGACAUUUUAAACCAUGUGCUGAACGACGUGGAGCUCUUCAUGGGGAAAGUAGCCGCUCCUAAUGAAGAGAAGAACAACAAGAAGAAAAAGAAGAAGAAAAGCUCAAAGCCAAACGCUGCCAACUUGCCACAUUGGGAGGAGUUUAUUGUCUGUCUUAAGAAAAUCAAGUAUGGAUUCAACCUGCUGGGCAAGCUGAAUGGAGAGAUCCAGAACCCUAGCGCUGCAGACUUUGUCCACAUUCUCUUCUCUACUCUGGGCAUGUUGAUGUGCCACUACUCCCCUGACCUGCCCCCCUCUGUCCUGGCCCCCCUGCUAACAGAGCCAGCACUCAUCUUGCUUAGCCAGGUGGUCACCCCAGAGGAGGACAAGAAAUGGAGGGCCCUGGGAGACUCCUGGAACAUCCCCAGGUCCAAAUGGCCAGACGGUCACAUGAUCCCGCCCUACAACCCAGAGUUCUAUGAUGGUUGGCAGCUGCCACAGCCUGUCCCACCGGCAGCCAAUCAGGGACUGAGCAGGAGCAACAGCCAACACAUCCCCCUGAGAAAGGAAAUGAUGCAACAGAUGCCUGAUGAGGGCAGGCAGUUGAGCAGGAGCAACAGCCAAUACAUGCAACGGCCUGAGGAGCUCAUGAUGAACUCUCCACCAUCUUUACGCCCCAGUGAGCUGGCCCCAGUGAGGAUGCGUGUGAUCUAUGACUUUAUGGCCAGGAACCCCCAGGAGCUGAGCAUUAUGAAGGGAGAGGUUGUCCAGGUCGUAGACAAGUCGGGGCAGUGGUGGAGGAUCCGUAAUGAACGUGGCGAGGAGGGUCACGUUGCUAAGAACGUUCUAGAGCCUCUGGAUGGAGGGAGACCCUGGGAUGAGGGCCAGGAGGUGCGCUCCCCUCCACCCCUCAACAUGCAGUCCAGACCUGCAGAGGUGAAAGCCUGGCUGGAAUACAAGGCCUUCUCCAAAAUAACGGUUCGUAGCCUGAGCGUGCUGAACGGAGCCCUGCUACUGGGGAUGUCCAAAGAUGAGAUGAGGACGGUGUGUCCAGAGGAAGGAGGAAGAGUCUUCUUCCAGCUGCAGGCUAUCAAGUCCUCCAUAGCCCUUGCCAGUGAGUCCAAUGGAUAUGGCCCUUAUAACGGUCGUUAGGCUGACUCGUCUCAAGUAACAACCAAGAGCCAACUGAGGGAGAAGAAUAACUCAACUAUUUAACCUUUCAUUUAAUCAUAUAUUAUUUUUGUCCAUUCAUAGACGGGUUGGUGGUUUAGCAACAAAGCCGAUGUGUGAGUAACUAUGUGUCAAAACACAGAUUGGUUUUGACUGUUGACAACAUGUAAACUGUAUUAUUUCUUUAAAUGUUUUAUCGAUUAUACAUAAAUAAAUUUUCACAAUCAGCA